AGUGAAUACAUGUGAUACAAGUUAUGAAGUGUUUGAUUUUCCCUAAGAAAAUGAUAAUUUUCUCACAUGUAAGUGGGUGUGGUUCAUUCUCACAGACUUUAUGAGAUGUUGGAUAAGAAACAUUGUAUCCCAAGUGCAGCUGCAUUGUUGAUGUCACAAUCAUUGUUGGAUUUCGGAUUGCACAGUGUCAGGCUACAAGCCUGGGCAUGCGUGUGAAGGUAUCUCCAAAAGCUGGCUCCACAAUCCUACGCGC